AUGACAAUUUCUAAAAUCCCCCCCGAGAUUCUUACUUCCAUUGCAAUGUUCCUUUCCAAGAGAGAAUUGCGGCAAAGCUCGCUUGUUUGUAAACAAUGGCGACAACCCUUUUACGAAGAGCUAUGGCGAACAGUCCGGUUAUAUAAUGAAGCAGCUAUUAAUGCAAUGCUCUGUUUACAUUCUCAAAACAAAUAUAUGACUUAUGGUCAAUAUGUCAGAAACUUAUUCAUUUCAGGGGAAACCCCUGUAAGCCGCGGAAAUAUCUUGGUUCUUCAACAGCUUUUUCCAAACACUCGGCACCUUGAUAUAGCAUUAUCAUAUCCAGAGACGACAGAUAUAAGCAUAAAUUGGAGUGUGUGGAAGUCGUUAACUGAGCUUGCCGUAGAUUUUCAAUACUACAUCGAUAGUAGCGUAAUGACAUCGUGCUCUGUAAUAUUGUCGCACCUCUCCUAUUUGACAACGCUUGGUUUGGUAUUUGGCGAUACGUAUACAUCAAGAAUCGGGGACUUUGAGGCUAUUCAUUAUUAUCUGCCAUACCUAAAAAGCUUUUCGAUCAAACUUAAAUCGGUCAGAGUUAUUGAAAAAGACAUUAAACUUAUAAAUGAGGCGGUGCCAGCAAAUAACGUAUGGAAGCUUUCGAUAACAAUGGAUAUGCAAGACUUACAGUGGCUUUAUUACUUUGCUGUGAAAUACCCAAAUGUCCGCGAAAUGACAUUAUAUGUCAUAGGCGAAAGGGAUUAUUUGAAAGACUGUAACCUAGCAGUAGCCAAAUCAAGAAUAUCAUCGCUUCCACACGUAUUCCCAAGCCUGGACAAACUCACGUUGGACAAUAGCGCUCAUGCUACUUUGUUUCCUCUCGCAUUCUAUCAGUGCUUUUACGAUAAGACACUCUCUAUCAAAGAAUUCAUAUAUCAAUUUUACAUCAUGCCAAACGAAGAAAGAAUAGUUGAAAGAACUACAAGAGAGUUUAUGCGUGUAUCUUCUAAAACCAUCGAAUCAAUGACUCUCAGCGAGAACGAUUAUAUGGAAUGUUCCAAUCCUCGAGAUUUAACCACGUUAUUCACCGACUGCCCUCGAUUAGUUUGUCUGCACUUUGAUAACUGCGGUUCCUGCCUGAAAUUCGAUACAAUCGCGGACUGUUGUCCUUCUUUAAAGGAGCUCAAGCUGUAUAGGGGAGGUGUCUAUAUUGGCCCAGAAGCAAUCAAAUCGUUCAAACCACACGGACUACGGAUACUUAACCUUAAGGAAGCAUCCAUUGACCCUGAUACACUGAAAUAUAUUUCUGUUCGGUGUGUAUCCUUAAGCCAUGCGUCCUUUCACAGAUUGGUAGUAUUCGGAACUAUUUCUGCAGAUACAGGGAAUCUUUUGAUCGAUAUGUCCAACGCCAGACUUACGGAGCUGUUAAUUGACGGUCUAUUUUACAGAGCUCCUGAAGCAGUAGGACUAUGGUAUCCAAUAACUAAAAUUGACCUUAUGAAACUGGUGCGACUUACCAAACCGUAUCCUCAAACGGGUGAAAGAUAUGAACAGACCGAUCAAUAUUCUGCCAAUCAUGUAUCCAUAUAUGAGACCGAGACAACUUGGUAUAAUGUUUUCACCUGUGCGUAUUGGUCAGCACCUUCGGACGUGUACAUGUUAAAGCAGCCUGAAGUGGACUUUAUCAAAGAAUACUUUGAGAACUAUCGGGACAACAUGCUUCCUGACAAAAUGCAAGAUAUUUGUAUUUCUAAAAAAAAUCAAUAUGGUAUACAGUAUGAUGUGUAUCCUGGCCGAGGAUAUGUGACGUUUAUGUGUGGGUAUGCAGAGAACAGCUACAUCAACAUGGAGUAUAGAAGAAGCUUGGAUGGGUUCAAAUGGAAUUCUACCAAGAAUAUGGUAGAGUAUCUUGGUAAAUCUUUCUCAUAAAUAUAGCGAUCUUUGUACACUAAUAACAUCAUGCAAGUCUUAAAGAGUUUUCGGGUUGUAAAAUUUGUGUUCCUUUUUUUUUAUACUCAGUGUAUUUUUGUUUAAACACUAUAGGUGCUUACGGAAUCAGUUAUUGAUAUAAAAUUUCCUAUUGAUUACUUUACU